UGGAGGGCCCCCUCCAGCCCCUCGCCGUCCUCCCGCUGCGGGCAGAGGCUGCCGCCGGCUCCGCGCUCCACGCCGGGGCACCGGCGGCCACCGGGAAGGUCGGAGGGAGGGUGGUUUCCUCCCGCCCCACACCCAGUCUCCGAGCCGGAUGUACAGAGUGUCACGUUUGGGAGCCGAAAGACCAGAGCCGUUUCCCUGUGGCUGGAGCGCUUCCCGCAGCCUCGGGCAGGGGCCGGCACUGAGGACCACUAGUUAAACUCCACCCCGUGCCGGAGGAGCAGGCACCUCUGUCCAGAGCUCUAAAGGACAAAGGGAAGAACCAUGUCCACGAUUGCAGCUUUCUAUGGUGGCAAGUCCAUUCUCAUUACUGGGGCCACGGGCUUCAUGGGCAAAGUGCUGAUGGAGAAGCUAUUUCGCACUAGCCCCGACCUGAAAGUCAUUUACAUCCUUGUGAGGCCCAAGGCUGACCAGACACCGCAGCAGAGGGUUUUCCAGAUCCUAAAUAGUAAGCUCUUUGAAAAAGUCAAAGAAGUUUGUCCAGACGUGCAUGAGAAGAUCCGAGCUAUCUCUGCAGAUCUCAAUCAGAGCGACUUUGCCAUCAGCAAGGAGGACACGCAGGAGCUUCUCUCCUGCACAAACAUCGUCUUCCACUGUGCCGCCACUGUAUGCUUUGACGACCAUCUGAGACAUGCCGUGCAACUAAACGUCGCUGCCACCCAGCAGCUCUUGCUUAUGGCCAGUCAGAUGCCAAAGCUCGAAGCCUUCAUACAUAUCUCUACUGCCUAUUCAAAUUGUAACCUGAAGCACAUCGAUGAAGUCAUCUAUCCAUGCCCUGUGGAGCCAAAAAAAAUCAUCGACUCCAUGGAGUAA